AUGCUCGAGAUCGUCACCUCCACCAGCACGGAGUGCGAUCGCGACUUGCACUACCUGAAGACCCGUCUUCUCUGCGGCGCGCCGCCCAUGUCAAUUGCAAGGUGGCGCCAGAGGGGUCUACAUGAGCUGGAUAAUAUUCAGCGCGCGUGUCAGCAUCUUUGUGCUGUGGUGGAUGCAUUUGAGUAUCUCAACCUCCCGCAUAACGAGGCGCGGAUGCGGAAGGCGUGUAACAGUGUUUGGAAUGCGGGUCACGACUUUGAGAAGGCUCUCAAUGCGUACCGGAGGCAAAAGGGGCGUGGAAGCCCAGUGUCUGUGACGGCGCUCUGGGAGGAGUACAUCGUGGACUUCUUCGAUACUGUGGCCGCGAGGGCGCAUGCGUGGGUGAUGGCGCGGAUAGGCGAACUCAAAGAGGCGCUUCUCCUCCAGCUGCGGCAGACCACACCCGUGUCCGACGGCCCGGCGUCCGCGGCGCAGAUGGAGAUCUUGGACCGAUUCCACGAUCUUACUGAGAUAACGAACAAGGCAGACACGAAGAUCAUGGUGCCGUUGUGGGGGUAUACCCUCCGCACUCUCACCUCUGCGGCGCCAAGGCUGAGAGAUGAUUGGAAUGGGUAUGACGGGCGGGAGGCGAUGAAAGCGUAUCCGUAUGAUAUGCGGUUCCGGUCGAGGAUCUACGGGAUCCGGUGCCGGUAUCUCAGUCGGGCUGCGCAGGUGCAGCGCGCGAUGGAGAAUGUGAGGCUGGGGAGGGAAGUGCUGCCCAUGUCGGAUCCGACGGGGUUGGAGGCGACGUGUCGGGCGCAGAUGAGGGAGUAUGAACAGGCGAGGAGGGAGUUGCGAGGGGUGGUGCCAGAGGUGGGUGAUGAGCCGUGGAUUGCUGGUGUGAAGGGGAUUAUGAGGACGGCUGCCCAUCGACCGUUCAGGGUUUGGGGGUUUAUUGGGUAUCGUGUGUCGUAUGAGCAUUCUGAUGAGGAGUGGAAGGCGUUUCUGGGGAAGUUUAGGGAUGAUGUUACGGCGUGGGGGGAGGGUGUUGAUGGGGCCGGUGACUUGAAGCCUAUGUGCAAGUUGCGGUGGAUCGAUGGGCGGGAGCAUGGGAUUCCCGAGGGGGACAUCGAGGCGGCGAAGAGGCAUUAUGGAGAGUACUCCAAGUCCCCGGCAUGCGAGGGCUUCAUGACACUCAGCGGAGGCGUCUUCCUAGUCGCGGACAAGGCGUCUAUCGAUUCAUACUUGCACCCAGUCAAAGAUGAUGCGGAACCGAUCAUCCCACACGGCGACCUGGGACCUUUCGUUCUGGUAGCCAAGCCGGAUGACGAGGAUAGGGAGGAUAGGGCUUCAUCAUCGAGGGGCAGGGGGCCGCAUCGAGAUGUGGAUGCAGCUGGAAGACCGACGAUGAGGCGGGAGGAGACGUUCGACGGCACUGUAAGAGUGCUCGGGGCGGUCUUGUUCGACGAUGUUUGGGCGCUGUUGUCACGGAACUCUGUGAAGCUGCCGGAUUUGGCACAGAUGGCGCAGGUUCACCCAAGGCAGGUUUACGUUGGGCCGAAUGUGCCGUUGGAGAGGGACGGGUGGCGGACGGCGGGUGAAAUGGGGUUGGUGGUGUUUAAUUCUUUGGAAAAGUGGAAGAAUUCGUGA